ACGCAGGUUAAGAUCCAAGUGGCCCGGAUUUAGAUUAUCUCACUUGCUUUCCUGCUUCGCCCACCUUGACGAUGCGAUGGUGCCAUGAUGGACCGACUGUCGUGCUUGGUGUCGGCGUUCGGUGUUGCCGUCGUGCGAGACAGGUCCGGUAGAUCCCAUAUAACAAAAUACAAACAUAUCCCUCGGGCAAGAGACGGGAUGCCUUCCUCUACUGUCAUACACUCCGUGAGUCGGGACCGCUUAGUUACUCGUUGUUGCGUGGUUGGCCAGCCAGCCCAGCCCAGCCCCAUGCCAGACCAUUAUUAGCGGCCAGCCACUCAAUAGUGCCCGCGUCUCGGCGUCCUGUCUCUGUUCUGUCUCGUUCCUUGCAAGGGCCCAGUUCAUAUUAUUCCCUACUUCGUCCUGUCGCGGGUAUUCUUUUUCA